GUCGUUUUUGUGCUUGAGUAAAGAAAUUUUGAGUAUAGAUAAAGUAUUCGCCAACUGUGCUAUUAGGGUAUAUAGUCUUAGUCUCCAUACAUUGAGGGAAUUGAGUGAACGGCCCCUGAUCUUGAUGACGAGAAAAUGGAAAUGUAAAUCAUAGGUUAACUCGCGAAAACAACUAUAAAUUAUAAACCAGGAAUUCGUUUCCGCAGCUGUGGGUUAAAGGAUUUGAUGACACGGGAGCCACGAGAGUGUCUACAUUCUAAAGUGAUUGAAGGAUGGAUCAUAUUGUAGUGUUUAGACAUGCGAUAUUGAUAGUGUAAUUGUAAGUUGAUGAAAAAUAGUUAACGCGAUAGUGAUAGCAGUGAUAGUUUCAUAGCACCGAUAAAAUCUAGUAAUGGGAACCAUGAAAGGUCUGGGAAGGAAUAUCCCUUACCUUAAACAGCAAUUCGCUGCGCUUCUUGGUAACACAAGUGCCAGUGUUAAGUUUAUAUGUAUUGUUAUGAUAUUAUCAUAUGGCAUUUCCUUUAUGGAGCAGGCAAUAAUAAUUUUGAGUGUUACACCAGGUUAUUUACUGCCUCCAUCUUUUUGGAUAUGGACCGCAUUUACUUUUUGUUUUCUAGAAAUACAUUUUUGGGAAGUGUGUGUUGACAUUGUCACAGUUGGACUUUGUGGAAAACUUAUCGAGCCGCUGUGGGGUGCUAUGGAAAUGAUGACUUUCUUUGCGAUUGUCAACGUUGGUGUCGGAUUAUUAUCAGCAUCGUAUUAUUUAUUCCUUUAUAUGUGUACGAGUGAUCCUGAAUUUUUAUUUGACAUACAUAUUCACGGAUUAACGGGUUAUAUUGCCGGUGUAAGCGUUGCCGUUAAACAGAUAAUGCCCGACCAUAUUUUAUUAAAAAGUCCACUUGGUAAAAUUACGAAUAGAAAUAUUCCUUUACUGGUGUGGAUAGUAAGUUUAUUAUUAUGGAUCGUAGGAUUGUUAGAAGGUACACAUCCAACAAUGUUUUUAAAUGGUCUUAUUACAUCUUGGAUAUAUUUAAGAUUUUACCAAAGACAUACUAAUGGAACCAAAGGAGAUAUGGCUGAUAAUUUUACAUUUGCUAGUUUUUUUCCCAAUGUUUUACAACCACCGAUUGCUAUAGUCAGUAAUACUGUACAUGAUUUUUUUGUUCGAAUUGGGCUUUGCAAAAAAGUCGUAAGACGAUUUGAUAUGUCUAAUGCACCACCAGGUUUGAUCAUCAGUUUACCUGGAAUCGAUCCACAAGAUAGCGAGAGACGACGACAAAUAGCACUCAAGGCAUUAAGUGAGCGUUUAAGCAAAGAUCAUGCAAGGCCGUGGCAGCAAGAUAGAAACAAAAAGCAAUUUCCUCUUCCAGCUACUGUUUCAAUAUCUAUUCCGGAGUCGACUACCCUAAAACCUCUUGUAUCUCCUCUUAUUCCACAAUUAAAUGCUAAUAUACAUAGUCAAAAAUUAACAAACACGUGAUAGAUAUAUCAUAGGAUUGAAAUGAAAAUUAAUAAACUCUUUUAUUUUCGUAUUGAAAACUCAUACAUUAUGUUAUGAAGUGAAUUUUAAAUAAU